GUCUCCCUGUCCAGUUUGCAAGAAGAUGCUGUCCUCCAUCUCUGCGCACCUUUCCACAGUACAUCACGUGGAAAACGUAGAGGAGAAGAAGAUCCUGAUUCAGCUGGCGAAUCAGAAAGUGUCGAUCCUGACAUCUCCGUGUCCUGUUCCGGGAUGUGGGUAUCAGAAGACUCGUCUUGACCGCCAUCUGACCAGCUGCCAUCGGGACCUGUCCGACCAGGCCAGGGAGAGAUACAUCCAGACGGCACAGAGGAUAAAAGCCAUUACUCUCCUGAGAGAGUUGAGGGCUAGCAGUCCGAACGUGCCCAUGGCCACUCGCUUGGACUUGGCUGCUGCUGACGAAUCUUCAACGCCUGACUACGACCAAGUACUCGAGUCAGCGAAAUCUGGCGUCCUCGAUAUCAGCCGUAGACUGAGAAUGGGACAACAGGUGGAAGAGAGUCAGCAGACACUGUUCCGGUACGUCUGUGAGGCGAUACUCCUGAAGGAGCAUCAACUGGCACAGAGUGCUGUGCUGAACUUCAAGGUAGAGCAUUGGGUUUCUCGAACCCCAUCAACCAGUGGCAUUUUCCUUGAACACUUUGACAUCAGCCUGACUCCCCAACAGGAAGAGUGGCUGGAGAUGUACUUCGCUCACAUCAGGUCAUGGAGUGUCAAAAAGUCCAGUCCCGAUGUUCAUGAUGGAGGCAUCUUCUUUCUGAGCCAGAAAGGAGUUCCUGUGGUGAAUCUACCUAAUGAUAUGAAGCGGCUAUGGGAACUGUAUCCACAGGCUUCAGGGACCGACCUGCCAGCAGUUGCCCCAGUUGCCCCCCUGCCAGCAGUUGCCCCUGCCAGCAGUUGCCAGCCGAGCUCUGCUGCAGGUUCUGAAGAGGGGGAUGAUGAGCAGCCUUCCUGCUCAGAUGCUGUGGGACAGGCAACUGGACAGCCACAGGCUCCAAAGAGGGACCACUCCCCUUCAUCCUCUUCGAUUGCAUGGAAGCGGAGGGCUAAGUCCACCUGGCUUAGUUUUCUUGACCUGUUUCCGGUGACUGUUCAUGCCACGACACCCACAUGUGAGGAAAUUGUCGGCGGUGGAUUUGAUCGCGAAUCCUUCCGUUACUUUCACAACAAAUGGAGGACAGUCCAGCGGGAACAGCGCAUCCAAUAUAUCUUGGAUAAGUGCAAGUUCAGGAACCGCCCCUCAGAGGCCAGGGUAUACCAUCGGCUCCGUGCUGAGAACUGGUCGGCCAACUGUCCAAGCGCCAUGGAUGUGGUCAAGUCUUGGCUCCCCGUAAAGGACCACAUCAAGAGUCCAGACAUUAUCCACCGUAUUCAGGAACAGUCUUGGAAAGGACUUUGCCUGAAAGACUUUGGGCCACCAAAGAACAAAGGGGUGAUUGCGACAAUGCCCUUUUCCAAGGGAGAGGUGGUCUGCGACUACCAUGGAGAGUACGUCACCCAAGAAGAAGGGAAUCGGAGAAUGCAACAGCUUUUCGACGAAGCCUGUUACGUCUUCUUCUUUGCGGGACGUGGGGAAAAGUUCUGCAUAGACGCCCAACAUUCUCCAUGCCAGUGUCACCCACACCAGGACAUGUUUGGUCGUUGGAUGAACCAUUCAAGGAGAAGUCCAAAUGUGAAGCCACACGUGUUCAAACUCCCACUCACAGAGGGAACAAGAUGGCAUCCCAUUUUCCUCGCGCUAACGGACAUUCAGGUCAACGAGGAACUACUUUGGGACUACGGUGUUCUCAGUGACGAGGGACUUGGAGGCGAAACUGUUGGACUGGACUGGCUGAAUACUUGAAUUC